CCUCAAGAAAAGGGCGAAUUAAGCUGGGGGAAGGCAGAUAUAAUUUUUGAGAGCGUGAAAUUGACAUAUAUAUAUAUAUAUAUUUGCAGGCUCCUUUCCUUGGAGGCAGCUGCUGGCGAUGGGCGGCCCCCUGGCCUUUUCCAGCGCCUGCGGGUCGCCCGGAGGGAUGAAGGGAGUCGGCAAAGAUUUCCCCCAGCUGUCGAAUGGCUCACCUGGGGGAAAAUUAACCCAGCUUUUGUGAACAAAAAAGAGAUUUUUUUUAAAAGGGUCAACUGUUCCUCUCUCGGGCCCGCCUUCUUGAUUAUUUGGUGCCCCCGCCGAGGUCGGGGUCGGGAGCCGGGCUUGCUUUCUUGCAAUGCGUUGGGGAGCUUCGAGAGCAACGACGACCCCUGCUGCUCCCGUCCGGAUCAUGCCCCAGACCGCGGGCGGCUGGGCUUUAGGCGCGGCUCUGAGGGGCGUCCCGAUGGGGGGCGGCCCGAGACUCUCCUGGUGAACAGGCUGGAGCCCGGCCGGGGGGCGGAGAGAGAGAGGGCGCAUCGUCGCCAAGCAGGCGCCCCGGGCGAUCCUAUGCGUUGGCUGCCGGUGUUGCAGGCGCCCCUGUUCGGAUGCGGAGAGAUGCCUUGCCCGGGGGUCUACACGCCCGGCGGCGGCGGCCAGCAGGCGGAAAGGGCUCGAUCCGGUUCCGAAUGCUACACCAACCAGACCUUCGUCUUCGACGAUGGCAGCUCGCGGAGGCUCAAGUCGUCCUCGAGCGGCUGCGGAGGAAGAGGAGGCGGCGGCAGCAGCACCACCGGCGCCAGCAACCACAAGAGCGGGGUCAUCCUGAACAUCGCUUCAUUGACGAUGAACGACCUCGACUCCGAGGUGCUCCCCUUGCCGCCUCGCUACAGGUUCCGGGACUUGCUCUUGGGGGACCAGAGCUUCCAAAACGACGACAGGGUCCAAGUGGAGUUUUACGUGAAUGAAAACACAUUUAAGGAGCGCCUCAAGCUGUUCUUCAUCAAAAACCAAAGAUCAAGUCUGAGGAUACGUCUGUUCAACUUCUCCCUGAAGCUUCUUACCUGCCUUCUUUAUAUCGUUCGUGUUCUGCUCGAUGACCCGCAACGGAUAGGAUGCUGGGAAUGUGAAAAGCACAAUUCCUCAACCUUCAAUGAGUCAUCUACACAAAUCAAUUGGACUCCAGUUAUAUGGGUUGACCGAAACAAACCAUUAUGGGCAAUACAAGUCAGCGUAGCAAUCAUUAGCUUUCUCGAGACUAUGCUUCUGAUCUAUCUCAGCUACAAGGGAAACAUUUGUGAGCAGAUCUUUCGCAUAACGUUCAUCCUUGAAAUGAUCAACACUGUGCCCUUCAUUAUUACAAUAUUUUGGCCGCCUUUGCGGAAUUUAUUUAUUCCUGUUUUCCUCAAUUGCUGGCUGGCAAAGCAUGCCUUGGAAAACAUGAUUAAUGACCUGCAUCGAGCCAUACAAAGAACCCAGUCCGCCAUGUUCAAUCAGGUGCUUAUUUUGAUCUGCACCCUGCUGUGUCUUGUUUUCACUGGAACUUGCGGCAUCCAGCACUUAGAAAGAGCCGGCGAAAACCUCUCCCUCUUUAAGUCCUUUUAUUUCUGCAUUGUCACCUUCUCUACGGUGGGCUAUGGCGAUGUCACACCCAAGAUCUGGCCCUCCCAGCUGCUUGUGGUGAUCAUGAUUUGCGUGGCCUUGGUUGUGUUGCCUCUGCAGUUUGAGGAACUUGUGUACCUGUGGAUGGAGCGCCAGAAGUCGGGCGGCAACUACAGCCGCCACCGAGCCCAGACAGAGAAGCACGUGGUCCUUUGUGUCAGCUCCCUCAAGAUCGAUCUGCUCAUGGACUUCCUCAAUGAGUUCUAUGCCCAUCCUCGACUGCAGGAUUACUAUGUGGUGAUCCUUUGCCCGACUGAGAUGGAUAUUCAAGUGCGGCGGGUCCUACAGAUCCCAUUGUGGUCUCAGCGGGUGAUCUAUCUCCAGGGAUCUGCCCUGAAAGAUCAAGAUCUCAUGAGAGCAAAGAUGGACAAUGGGGAAGCCUGUUUCAUUCUGAGCAGCCGGAACGAGGUGGACCGCACAGCAGCUGAUCAUCAAACUAUCCUGAGGGCCUGGGCAGUGAAGGAUUUUGCUCCAAAUUGUCCUCUCUACGUCCAGAUCUUGAAGCCAGAAAAUAAGUUUCAUGUAAAAUUUGCUGAUCACGUUGUGUGUGAAGAGGAAUGUAAGUACGCCAUGUUGGCUCUGAACUGUGUUUGCCCGGCGACCUCGACGCUCAUCACCCUCCUUGUUCAUACGUCCAGAGGGCAAGAGGGUCAGGAGUCGCCAGAGCAGUGGCAAAGGAUGUACGGGCGCUGCUCGGGCAAUGAGGUGUACCACAUCCGGAUGGGCGACAGCAAGUUCUUCAUGGAGUACCAGGGGAAAAGCUUCACCUAUGCCUCCUUCCAUGCCCACAAAAAGUAUGGAGUCUGCUUGAUGGGCGUCAAGAGGGAGGAGAACAAGAGCAUCCUCCUCAACCCAGGACCACGGCACAUCCUGAGUGCCUCUGACACAUGCUUCUACAUCAACAUCACGAAAGAGGAGAACUCGGCCUUCAUCUUCAAGCAGGAAGAGAAGCAGAAGAAGAAAGGAUUUGCAGGCCGGGGCAUCUAUGAUGGACCAUCAAGGUUGCCCGUCCAUAGCAUCAUUGCCAGCAUGGGUACAGUGGCCAUGGACCUGCAAAACACAGAGUGCCGUCCCGUCAACAACAGCAAGCUCGCCUUGCCGGCAGAGAAUGGUUCUGGGAAAAGGAGGCCCAGCAUUGGGCCAGUCCUAGAGGUGGCUGACAGUUCUUCCCUCUUGCCAUGUGACAUGCUCAGUGACCAAUCAGAGGACGAGAUGACUCAGUCGGACGAUGAAGGCCUCACUGUUAUUGAGUACGUGAAGGGCUACCCUCCCAAUUCUCCCUACAUCGGAAGCUCCCCCACUUUAUGCCACCUGUUGCCCAUUAAAGCUCCUUUCUGUUGUCUGCGCUUGGACAAGGGCUGCAGGCACAACAGUUAUGAAGACGCCAAGGCCUACGGCUUUAAGAACAAGUUGAUCAUUGUGUCGGCCGAGACGGCCGGGAAUGGCUUGUACAACUUCAUCGUCCCGCUCCGUGCGUACUACCGGUCACGGAAGGAGUUAAACCCCAUUGUGCUGUUGUUGGACAACAAGCCUGAUCAUCAUUUCCUAGAAGCCAUAUGCUGUUUCCCAAUGGUCUAUUACAUGGAAGGCACAAUUGAUAACCUCGACAGCUUGCUGCAGUGCGGGAUCAUUUAUGCCGACAAUUUGGUGGUGGUAGACAAGGAGAGCACCAUGAGUGCCGAAGAGGAUUACAUGGCAGACGCCAAGACCAUUGUCAACGUCCAGACCAUGUUCAGGCUUUUCCCAAGCCUGAGCAUCAUUACAGAGCUGACACAUCCAUCCAACAUGAGGUUCAUGCAGUUCCGGGCAAAAGACAGCUAUUCGCUGGCCCUUUCCAAACUAGAAAAGAAAGAGCGAGAGAACGGCUCCAACUUGGCCUUCAUGUUCCGACUUCCGUUUGCUGCCGGCAGAGUUUUCAGCAUCAGCAUGUUGGAUACGCUUCUUUACCAGUCGUUCGUGAAAGACUACAUGAUCACCAUCACAAGAUUGCUGCUGGGUCUAGACACCACCCCGGGGUCCGGCUACCUCUGUGCCAUGAAAAUCACCGAGGAUGACCUGUGGAUCCGGACAUACGGGCGUCUUUUCCAGAAGCUGUGUUCCUCGAGCGCAGAGAUCCCCAUUGGCAUCUAUAGGACCGAGUCCCACAUGUUUUCCACCAUGGAUCCUCACGACAUCAGGACACAGUCACAGAUCUCAAUCAACGUGGAAGACUGUGAGGACACCAAAGAGGCAAAGGACCCCUGGAACCCCAAAACCAACCAUCACCGGAACUCGUGCCCCGCCGACCAAGCGGAGCACCCUUUGCUUCGGCGCAAAAGCAUGCAGUGGGCCCGGCGACUGAGCCGGAAAGGGAUGAGCAAACACACACCCAAAACAGCCGAGUGGAUCAACCAGCAGAGGCUGAGCCUUUACCGGCGAUCGGAGAGGCAGGAGUUGUCGGAGCUGGUGAAGAACCGAAUGAAACAUCUGGGCUUGCCCACAACAGGGUAUGAGGAUGUAGCAAAUUUAACAGCCUGUGAUGUGAUGAAUCGGGUAAAUCUUGGAUAUUUGCAAGAUGAAAUGAACGACCAUCAGAACACAUUGUCCUAUGUGCUCAUCAACCCUCCUCCGGACACACGGUUGGAACUCAACGACUUUGUGUAUUUAAUACGACCAGACCCCUUGGCACAUGUUGAAAAUGAGAGCCACAGUCAAAAGAACAGCGGCAGUCACAAGCUGGACCCCUGUAGCCCCGAAACAAGGGACGAGACGCAGCUUUGAGACCCUCCCUUCUCUUGCAUGGACAGUAUUGCCUUCCCCUCUUUGUUCAUGCAUGGAACCGUAACAGAAUUUACCGGAUAAACUUUGCCGAAGGCGAGGAACGGUCUUCUGUGGGGAUGUAAGAGGAGCUCCACAUCUCAAAGACCGACAGAGACAACCAUUUGGUUGGGGAUCCUGAUUUCUGCCUACUGUGUGACCCACAGGGCACCGAGGAAAAAAGUCACCUUUUCCUCCCCAACCUGGCUUUGUGUCUCCCAAAACUGCUUCCAAUGGAAGGUUUGAAGAGGUUCAGAAUUAAAGGAAACGUGGUCCAGUCGAAGACAUGGAUGACUCCCGCCAGUCUUGGUUUUAAUCCUUUUCUUUUUCUUUGAUUUUGAAGAGGGUUUAAAAAGGUACCUCGACUAGUGAAAAUAUCUUCACCAGCACAGACCAGAGUGGUGUAAGGGAGAUUCCACAGGCGACAGCUGUGCCAGAAGCCACAAUUGCCCAUCCAACCCAGAAGCAAGGCCACAUUCUGCGCAAAGCAGAUGAACGCCAAGACUGAAAAUGAUGGAGACAUUUUGGUGGUGAUUGCUUAGGGUUUGCAAGGUCUCCUGUCCUCCCAAGGGAACUGUUUUGUGAUGUGUGUGUUGCCAUAUCCUCUCAGAGGAAAUCCAAUAGACACAAAGAGUCACUGUAGAACGGGCGUAGCUGCCAUAAGAAUUGGCCGUCACCUUUUCCUGGAGACUCAAGACAUUCACUUAAGUAGGGUUGUCCAAAAGGGACAACCCCAUCACCACCAACAAGAGUGUGGGUUCAUAAGCACCAUCAAGCUGUAUGGAGCUUGUGCUCAAUAUCUGUUGAAGCCUAUCGUCCUUGAGUUAGGAAUGCAUCUCUUCAUCAAAGAACAUGUGUCUACUCCCAUCCUGUAAACAGGGAUUGGGGGGGGGCUAUGGCCUUCCAGAUACUGUUCAGCUUCCAUCAGCUCCAGGCAGCAUGGCCAACAGCCAGGGAUGAUGGGAGUUGGAGUCCAACCAUGGCUGGAGGGCCACAGGUUCUCCAUCUAUACUGGAAGCUGUAUGACCAGGUGACCAGUCAUAUGGUGUCAUUUUCCAGACAGUCAGCUGGGAGGACAUGACAGUUGGCUAGUAAACUUACUAGACUGAAAAGUGGUGCUUGGGGCAUUACGUGUGUUAGGGUCUAAGAAGUACUAUUUGUUGCUUACCUUUUCCCCUGCCUCUACCUUUUUAUGUGUGUGGGGGGCUUGCGUGCAAAAGGUCCCAGGUUAAUCUGUAAUAUCUUCAGGUAGGCCUGAGAUAAGACUCCCUGUCCAAAACCUUGGAUGUCUACUGCCAGUCAGUGCAGGCAAUACUGAGCUAGCCAGAUGAAUGGUCUGACUCAGUUUAAGGCAACUAUGUCUUAAGGGAAGAGCCAUCGCUCAAUGGUAGAACAUCUGCCUUCCUUGCAAUAGAUCACAGAUUCGAUCUCUGGCAUCUCUAGGGACAGAGAGGGAGAGAGAGAGAGAGACUCCUGUCUGAAAACCUGGAGAGUCACUGCCGGUCAGUGCAGACUCUAUUGAGCUAGAUACACUGGCAGCUUCCUAUGUUCCCUAAAUGUCUCCCGAGGAGGAGAGCCCAUCCCAUCCCAAGGCUAUUUUCGCUACUGAACAGAUUUUGUCAUUAGGAAGUGUCCCCAAACGUUCAGCAGAAAUCUGUUUCUCUGCAAUUUCCAUCCAGGUGUCUUCAGUCCACUUCAUGCACUCGACAGGGGGAGCACUUGAAUGAGGUUUUGUCUAGACCAGCCUUUCCCAACUAGUGGGCCACCAGAUG